GCUGAACAGUUGAGCCAGCUACGUCUUGAGGGCAAAGGUUGGUUAGUAGCUAUCAUAGCUAAUGAAGAUUCCGCCACCACUUAGCUACACCUCUGUCGCACUUGUUUGUUUUUGUAUAAAAAGGCAACUUUCAAAAACAGGCAGCGCUACUGCUAGCUACCACACUACAACAGGAGCUGGAAAGACAUGGCGCGUCUGGUUGCGGUUUGUAGGGACGGAGAUGAAGAUUUCCCAUUCCUUGCAAGACAAAUUCCUCUUUACAUCGAUGACACUCUCACGAUGGUGAUGGAAUUUUCUGACAGUGUCAUGAACCUGGACAGCCACCAGAUCAACAGCUCUCAGAUGAAGCAGUUUGUCCAGUAUCACAGCAUGUUGAAGCAACAGGAGCUGAGCGUUGCCAUGAUGGUGACGUCUAGGGAAGUGUUCAGUGCCCUGACCCAGCUGGUGCCGUGUGUGGGCUGCAGAAGGAGCGUGGAGCGCCUCUUCUCACAGUUGGUGGAAUCUGGGAAUCCGGCGUUGGAGCCCCUCACUGUGAAACCUACAGGAGUGCUCUCUGCCACCAAGGGGUGUGUGUCAGAUGCCAGGAAGCUCUUCACCCUAUUUUAUGUCCACGGGUCAAAGUUGAAUGGGAUGAUCGAUGCCAUUCCAAAAAGCAAAAAGAACAAACGUUGCCAGUUGCACUCCUUAGACACACACAAACCCAAGCCUUUAGGGGGAAGCUGGAUGGACGUGUGGGAGCUCAUGUCUCAGGAGUGCAGGGAUGAGGUCGUCCUCAUUGACAGCGCCUGUCUCCUGGAGACCCUGGAGACAUACUUGCGAAAACACAGGUUUUGCACCGACUGCAAGAACAAGGUACUGAGGGCGUACAACAUUUUGGUGGGGGAGCUGGACUGCAGUAAAGAGAAGGGCUACUGCGCAGCUUUGUACGAGGGGCUCCGCUGCUGCCCACACGAGCGCCACGUCCACGUGUGCUGCGAGACCGACUUCAUCGCCCACCUGCUGGGUCGCGCCGAGCCCGAGUUUGCAGGGGGUUAUGAGCGUAGGGAACGUCACGCCAAGACGAUUGAUAUCGCGCAGGAGGAGGUUCUGACCUGCCUGGGGAUCCACCUCUACGAGCGUCUCCACAGGAUCUGGCAGAAGCUCCGGGCCGAGGAGCAGACGUGGCAGAUGCUGUUCUACCUGGGCAUCGAUGCCCUGCGCAAGAGCUUUGAGAUGGCGGUGGAGAAGGUGCAGGGGAUCAGCCGUCUGGAGCAGCUGUGCGAGGAGCUGUCUGAGGAGGAGCGGGCCAAGGAGCUGAAACAGGAGAAGAAGAGACAGAAGCGCAAGAACAGGCGCAAGAACAAGUGUGGCUUCGACGUGUUGGAGCAGGAGGCCGAGGGCCCGGACAAGGGUCUGGAUGAGGGUCCGUUGGGGUCUGCUGAGGGAGGCUGCAAGGCCUGCGGCAGCCCGGAGGAGCAGGCGGCGGCAGCGGCGGGCCGCGUGGAGGUCAUCGUCACCAACGACAGCACUUCCUGCAGCUGCCCGGACGGCGCCGUUCCGGGCUCGCCCAAAGCCAAGAAAGGUAAUGCUGCCCAUCAGCCACCACCCAAGACCAAUCCCCACGCUCACGGGUUGUCUCCUCACAGCAACGUGAGCGACUGUGGCUACUCCUCCAGCAUGGAGGGCAGCGAAACCGGCUCGCGGGAGGGCUCUGACGUGGCCUGCACAGAGGGGAUCUGCAACCAUGACGAAGCGGGUGACUACUCCUGUGGCCACCGCUGUGCCGAGGACAAGGAGGAGGAUGGAGUGGACAGCUGCGUGGAGUGCUGGGCCAUCUCUGAGGGAAACACUAAGGGCAAGAACAAGAAGAAGAAAAGAAAGAACAAGGGCAUGUGCAGUGAUCAGGGUCUGCCUGAUGGCGGUGUGUCAGAGGGGAACAGGAAAGGGCUCGGCGCUGCCUCUCCGCACACGUGCAGAAGCAAACAAACAUGCAGCACUUUAUGCUGUGAAACGUUUGCUAGCAUUGCACUUCAGUUGCCGUGGGCGGAGCAUCGAAAGAGCAUGAGCCAAUAUCUGGGGCUCCCAGAGGCCAUGUUUGGUCAGUGGGACACCAGUGCCAAUGGUCUAAUGGAACUCCUGGACGACUCUGAAGUGACUUCAGAUGAGGAGAACUGCCUCACACAGGAUGAAAUCCAGGCGUUUGUGAAGAACAACAAGUCUUUCUACAACAACCGGGAUCAGUACCGACAGCACCUGAAAGAGAAAUUCACCAAUUACUGCCUCUCCACUGAGCAGAGUAAACCAGUGUGUGGCGCAAAGUGGUUUGCCACCGCCACCGGCGUCAAUUAGUUAUCCACAUGAAAUCUUUGUACUGGAAAACACUCAUUAUUACCACUGCUGCGCCGCCUCUGAAGAGAGAAACUUCAGAAGUAUGAUGUGUUGUCUUGUUCCCAAUUUUUUUCCCACCCUUUUGUUUAAAGUAAUUGGGAAUUAUUUUCUAUGUCAAACUGUCUCCCUGUCACCUAUUUCCCCUCUAUCUGGCCCUUCUCCUCACUCCUCUGCCCCCUCCCUGACCAAGCCCAGCUGUUAUUUCUGAACUGGUAUGUAGGGCUGCUGGUGAGAGCACAGUGGAUUUUGAUAAUCAAGCUUGCAAAGCUGUGACAUUAGGGUUAGAUGUUGAUAGUCUUAUGUUUUUUUUUGCAUUUUCUAUUUUGUUCCACAUCCUGUGACGCAUCAUUUUAGUGGCAAAAGUUGUACCAAUUCCAAUGUGUACAGAAAUGAAAUUAUCUGAAUAUAAAGAUUUUACAGAAAAUAAACAUCCAUUUAUAACGAGAUGGAUGAGAAGUUAAGAGCGUUAUGUGCGAAAUUUACAAAAAUAAAGAAUAUUUAUUAAUAUGCAUUA